CCGCCCCUCACGGCCGCUGCGGGGCUUCCGCGGGGCCUCGGCAGGGGCUGCGCGCGCCCCGCCUGCGGCGGGAACGGGCCCGGCAGGUGUAAGGACUGCAGCCCUGAAAAGGAAGCACCAACUUUUUGGAACUCACAUAGUAAAGUGGUGACAAACCAGAAGAACAAUUGCACCUGAUGUAAUUGCCUCAGGUCCAUACUACUGGCUGGAACAGUAGGUUGAAUCUGAACUAUGCCAAGAAAAAGAAAGCUGUUGGCUCAAUUAAGUGCUCUUCAAAGCAACACCAGCUUCCCUCAGAUCGAUGCCUUGGAGAAACUGAGCACUACACCUGGAGCAGAUCCUUCUCCAAAAAGCAGCAAGUAUUUUGUGAUAGAGAAAAAAAACUCUCCUCAGCUACAAGCAGAUUUUUUUGACCAGCCCUGUGUUAGUCUGGCCAAGUCCUUUCUGGGACAGAUUUUGGUUCGCAAACUUCCUGAUGGCAGAGAGCUCUGGGGCAGGAUUGUUGAAACAGAAGCUUAUCUGGGUGGGGAAGAUGAAGCUUCCCACUCGAAAGGUGGGAAGCAAACACAACGAAAUGCAGCAAUGUUCAUGAAACCAGGAACUCUGUACGUGUAUCAGAUCUACGGGAUUUAUUACUGCAUGAAUGUUUCCAGCCAAGGAGAAGGGGCUGCAGUGCUGCUGCGUUCCUUGGAACCUCUGCAGGGCUUGGAUGCCAUGAGGGAGCUGCGCAGGGCCUCCAGGAAAGCACCCACCAAGCUGCUCAAGGACUGGCAGCUCUGCAAUGGGCCCUCCAAGCUCUGCCAGGCAUUUGGGAUCGACAAGGCUUUUGACCAAAGGGACCUGACUCAGGAUGCUGCCAUCUGGAUGGUGCCUGGACAGGACCCGCCAGGGGAGCAGGACGUGGUGACCACUACCAGGAUUGGCAUUGGCGACAGGGGAGAGUGGGCACAGAAACCACUCAGGUUUUAUUUACGGGGAAACAAAUUUGUGAGUGUUUUAGACAAGAAGAUUGAGAGAGAGAUGGCAGCAAGGGGACACUCCCCUUGCAGCUGACAAGUCUUGGAAGUGCCCCAGGGACCAGGACCUGAGCUGUGCUCUGUACAAUGGCCUCAGGCUGCAUCAUGGCAGGUAGAGGGGCUUGGGUGUUUUUAACAAUAAAUGUACUUUGUCACAAUG